CAUCCUAAAUUCAAAGAUAACUUCUUAAAACCAUGUAUGUAAGAUGGAUUAUGUUUGAUUAUUGAAAAUAUCGAAAAUGAAGUAGAUCCCAUGUUAGAUCCAGUGCUUGAGAAGUAAAUCUAAGUCAAAGCCAAGAAGAAUAAGUAUAUUGAAGUUGGAGGUACUCAAAUGGACUUUGAUGAUGGAUUUAAAUUGUUUAUGUUUUGUAGAUUAGCCAAUCCUACAUUCUCUCCAGAAUUAUCAGCCAAGACAACCAUUAUUGACUUUACUGUUACUCAAGGUGGUUUAGAAUAAUAAUUGUUGGGUAAGGUCAUCAGUAAGGAGUAAAAGGCCUUGGAAGAUUCUCUCAAUUAAUUAUUGGCAGAUGUCAACUAAAAUAAGAAGGAUCUAUAAAGAUUAGAUAAGAAUUUAUUAGAAAGAUUGACUCAAUCUUCUGGUAAUCUUUUGGAAGAUGAGGGUUUGAUUGAAGUGUUGGGAAGCACUAAGACUUAAGCCAAGGAAGUUUCUGUUAAAUUGUUGGAUGCUGAAGUCAAGACCAGAGAAAUUAAUGAGAAGAGAGAAUAAUAUAGACCAGUUGCAAUCAGAGGUUCAGCCUUAUAUUUCACAAUUUUGGAAGUGUCAUUAAUCAAUUGGAUGUAUAAUUCCUCUUUGGAACAAUUCUUGAAGUUAUUCAAUGAUUCGAUUGAUCAAUCUGAAAGAAAUACAUUACCCUCUAAAAGAGUAGAUAACAUCAUUAAAUAUCUUACUUUCUAUGUUUAUAAGUAUGUCAAUAGAGGUCUAUUUGAAAAGGAUAAGAUUUCAUUCAUUUUAAUGAUGUGUUUCAAGAUUAAAUAAACAGACAAGAAAAUUAAUGCUGGAGAUGUAUCACAAUUUUUGAAGAGUGGUGCUGCUUUGGAUGCAAAAACAGAAAAAUAAAAGCCAUUCUAAUUCUUGGAUGAGAAAUAAUGGCUCAACAUUUUAGCCUUGUCUAGACAUCAUUUCAACGGAGAUCAAAUGGCAUUCUUUAGAGAUCUACCAGAAUCCAUUUCGAGAAAUGAACAAUAAUGGAGAUAAUGGAAUGAUAGAAAUGAUCCUGAGAAUUCACCAAUACCAGACUUUGCUGAACGUAUAGCAGCUGAUAAAGAAAUUGGUCCAUUCAUUUCUUUAUGUCUCGUAAGAUCACUUAAGGAAGAUAGAACCUUAGUUGCUGCUACUCAUUUUAUUAAUGCUACUCUUGGUAAAGAAUUUACUGCUCCUAUUUCAUAUCCUAUUGAUUCUAUUUGGGCAGAAAGUUCCAAAACAGAUCCAGUAUUAUUCUUGUUGUCUGCUGGUGCUGAUCCUACUUCAUCCAUCGACGAUCUCUCGAGAAAGAAGAGAAAAGUAUUUUGUGAAAAAGUAUCAAUGGGAGAAGGUUAAGAAGAGGCUGCCAGAAGAGUCAUUAAAAAUGGGUUCGAAACUGGUAUGUGGGUUAUUCUAUAAAACUGUCAUUUGGGUCUUAAAUUCAUGGAAGAAAUUGAAACCAUUGUUAAUCCAGAGGCAACCAUAAAUGAUGACUUCAGAUUGUGGAUUACCUGUGAAUAGCAUCCUAAAUUCCCAUUGGGUCUCUUGUAAAAGACUAUCAAAGUUACCAAUGAACCACCUAAGGGAUUGAAAGCAGGUUUAUAUAAGACCUUUACUACAAUCAUCACCUAAGAAUUCUUGGAGAAGGUUGAACAUCCAAAUUGGAGAAGUCUUAUCUAUACCAUUUGUUUCUUGCACUCAAUUGUUAUUGAAAGACGUAAGUUCGGUCCUCUUGGAUGGUGUGUUCCUUACGAAUUUAACAAUCCAGAUCUUGAAGCCUCCCUUGCAUUUAUUGAAAAAUACUUGAAUUCAUUCCUUAGUGGACCUCCUUCAUAAUCACCAAACUUGAACUUGAAUAUGAAUGUCAUUAGAUACAUGAUAUGUGAAGUGCAAUAUGGUGGUCGUAUUACGGAUGAUUUGGAUAGAGAAUUGUUUAAUGCUUAUGGUGAAGAUUACUUAAAAGAAGCAAUCUUUGGAAACGAAUAUGUUAUAGCUGAAGCACCAUUCGAUGCAGGAGGUGGUACUAAACCAACUAAAUUCUAAUACAAAAUCCCUGCCACAACUUAAAUGCCAGAACUCAUUAAAUAUCACGAAGUCAUUAAGUAAUUACCUGAUAUUGAUAAUCCUGAAGUAUUUGGAUUACAUGUUAAUGCUGAUAUUACAUUUAGAAAGAAAGAAUCCACUGAAAUGAUCAUAACAAUUAUGGACACUAGACCAAAGGAUUCUGGCGGUGGCGGUGGAAAAACAAGAGAAGAAAUAGUCUAGGAUAAAGCUAGAGAGUUAUUAGCUAAAUUACCCUCAGACUAUGUUGAUCUGGAAGUCAGAGAAUAGGUUCGUAAAUUAGCUGGUCCAAAGAAUCUUCCAGAUAAGGGAUUGACUGUGCCACUUAACAUUUUCUUGUAUCAAGAAAUUCAAAGAAUGCAAAUAGUUAUUGCCAUUUGCAGAAAAACAUUGUCAGAUGUUAUUGAUGCAAUUGAUGGUCAGAUCAUCAUGACUCCUGAUAUUUUAGAUGCCAUCAAUUCAAUGUAUGAUGCAAAAGUACCUCUUACUUGGGUUUAUGAUGCUACAGGUGUCGAAAUCUCAUGGAUCUUGCCCACUCUAGGAGCAUGGUUCAGUUCAUUGAUAGAUCGUAAUAAACAAUUAAAUGAUUGGUUGAAGAGCAACAGACCCAAUCACUUUUGGCUUGGUGGUUUCUUCAAUCCUCAAGGGUUCUUGACUGCUGUGAAAUAAGAAGUCACUCGUAUGCACAAGGGUAAACCAGGAGACAAGGAUGCUUGGUCAUUGGAUGAUGUUGUACAAUCCACUUAAGUUAAAGAAAGAGAAUAUGAACAAAUCAGAGAUAUUCAAUCAGAAGGUGUCUAUGUGAGUGGAUUAUCUCUUGAGGGAUGUAAAUGGAGCAGAAAUGGACUUGAUGAGUCUGAACCUAAGAAGAUGUUUGCUCCGUUGCCCAUCCUUUAUGUCACUGCUAUCAAUAAGAAGAAGGGUGCUGAUGCCGAAAAGAAUUCUUCAACCUACAGUUGUCCUGUUUAUAAGGUAUUGUUUUGUGUUAUUCAUCUUAGUAUCCAAGAAGAACUGACAAAUAUCUCAUUUGUAGAGUUGGAUUGCCUUGUGAAGGUACGGGUGCUCAUAAAUGGAAGUUAAGAGGAGUUGCUCUCUUAUGCUCAACCGAAUGAGA